UUACAGGGAUCAGCAAGUGAAUGUACAUUCAUAUGUCUAUUGGCCGCGAAAGAAUAUACAACGCGACAAAUGAAAAUUCUUCAUCCAGAACUGAACGAGGAUAUCAUUAAGACUAAAUUAGUCGCAUAUACUUCUAAUCAGUCGAAUUCUUCGGUGGAAAAGGCAGGAAUUUUAGGAUCGAUGCUAAUAAGACUGUUACCAGUAGACAACAAGUGCUCUCUACGUGGUGAAACUUUGAAGAAAGCGAUACAGGAUGAUUUGGAGAAAGGCCUUAUUCCAUGUUACGUCGUCGCUACUUUAGGAACUACUGGCACUUGUGCAUUUGAUAAGCUUGAUGAGAUAGGACCUAUAUGCAAAGAAUAUAAUAUCUGGCUUCAUAUUGAUGCUGCAUAUGCUGGUGCAGCAUUUAUUUGUCCAGAAUUUCGUCAUUUGAUGUCUGGUGUUCAAUAUGCAGAUUCAUUUAAUGUAAAUGCUCAUAAAUGGUUGCUAACCAAUUUCGAUGCGUCUGUAAUGUGGGUUAAAGAUUCGAGACGACUUAUAGAAGCGUUUAGUGUGGACAGAAUAUAUCUAGCUCACGAUAAAGAAGGACUCGCACCCGAUUACAGAAAUUGGGGAAUUUCUUUGGGUCGUCGAUUUCGCUCAUUAAAAUUAUGGUUCGUCAUGCGACUUUAUGGUGUUGAAGGACUUCAAAAGCACAUUAGACAUACUAUCAAAUUAGCACAGCUUUUUGAGAAAUAUCUCAGAUCGGACAAUAGAUUCGAAAUUGUUACGGACGCAGUUAUGGGUCUCGUUUGUUUCCGCAUCAAGGGUGAUAACAGUUUGACAAAAAAACUAUUAGAUCGUCUAACAGCAAGGAGACAAGUUUACCUCAUCGCAGGUACAUAUCAAGAAAAACUUAUCGCCCGAUUUGUUAUUUGUUCUCGAUUAUGUCGAGAAGAGGAUAUCGUUUUCUCGUGGAACGAAAUAAGUAGUCAGACAAAUGAAAUUUUACAAAGCGAAUCUCAUCAAGAAUCAAUCGAAUGCAUCGCGAAAUCGCCGAAUGAUAUUGCGACGAAAAUAGAAAAUUUAAAUUUGACCAUAAAGGAAGUUUCGCAAAAAAUAUCAAAAACAAUAUAAUUAAUCUCAAGAAUU